GGACAGUGUCACCCUUGUCUUAGAUCCCACUUGCUUUUGAGCUGUUCCCUUCGCCGACCGCUCAUAUCUAUCAUAAUGGCGGCCCAAGCCAAGGACCGGCAGUUCCUUGCUGUCAUCGGAGAUGAAGACUCGGUGACUGGACUUCUUCUCGCAGGUGUUGGCCAUGUCACAGAUCCCCCCGACUCCCAACGGAAUUUCCUCGUGGUAGACUCCAAGACCGAAACCUCUACGAUUGAGAAAGCGUUCCAAAACUUCACCCAAGAAAGAAAAGAUAUUGCUAUCGUUCUCAUCAAUCAACACGUUGCAGAGCGCAUCCGCCACAGUGUUGAUUCCUUCGCCGAUCCAUUUCCUGCCGUUCUAGAAAUCCCAAGCAAGGAUCACCCAUACGACCCUGAGAAGGAUAGCGUGCUUAAACGGGUGCGGCGUCUGUUUGGGGAAUAGAUCCAGGGAGUACCUUGUUCUACCUUUGUUUGCCCUCAUCGUGUUAUAAGUGUCAUAUGUGGUUGUGGGAUAAUGGAACUGUGCAAGGGGAUGAUACCCAAUUUAUUUAAGAGUUGUUCAUAUAGACUCGUAUAUGCCUACCAUUG